UUUCUCAGCUAGGAAGUUUUGAUAAUAUCAUGAAGACCCCACCUGUAAAGAGGUGUAACUUACACAGCCCUAAAAAACCUUUCCAAUGGGCCGGUCAUUUAAAUGUGUAGUGUCACUUGAUCAUCUCAUCUAGUUUAAAUGAAUCAGACUCCAGCUAUGUGAUUGUCUGUUCUCUUUCAACUGCAGUGUAUUAUCUCUCCCUUCUAUUGCAGCAUACCAACUCCGUCGAGCCUGCACUCUUUUCACUAGACUCUUCCUGGGACUCCCUGUGUUUUUUUUCCAUAGCAACAGUGCUGCCAAUCAGAGAGAAAAGAUCAGGAACAAGUGAACAUUUACAAGUUCAUUUAAUAGUACGGGGUUUAGUUGAUGUGAACCCAGGGCAUCCAGAGGUCUAGCAGAGGUCAGGUUUUUCUAUUGUGCAACUGUGUUUGAAAGAGAAGUGCAACUCGGCAUUCCUUCCUCCUGCCUGCUGAAUACACACUGAGUGGAGGAUCACAUACUGAUGCCAGGCUGGUAUAUCAUUAUCGCAGAAUGUACCCUACCACCCAUCCAGGAUUGGAUGAGGACAGGUUGUACCCCACCACCCAUCCAGGGUUGGAUGAGGACAGGUUGUACCCCACCACCCAUCCAGGGUUGGAUGAGGACAGGUUGUACCCCACCACCCAUCCAGGGUUGGAUGAGGACAGGUUGUACCCCACCACCCAUCCAGGGUUGGAUGAGGACAGGUUGUACCCCACCACCCAUCCAGGGUUGGAUGAGGACAGGUUGUACCCCACCACCCAUCCAGGGUUGGAUGAGGACAGGUUGUACCCCACCACCCAUCCAGGGUUGGAUGAGGACAGGUUGUACCCCACCACCCAUCCAGGGUUGGAUGAGGACAGGUUGUACCCCACCACCCAUCCAGGGUUGGAUGAGGACAGGUUGUACCCCACCACCCAUCCAGGGUUGGAUGAGGACAGGUUGUACCCCACCACCCAUCCAGGGUUGGAUGAGGACAGGUUGUACCCCACCACCCAUCCAGGGUUGGAUGAGGACAGGUUGUACCCCACCACCCAUCCAGGGUUGGAUGAGGACAGGUUGUACCCCACCACCCAUCCAGGGUUGGAUGAGGACAGGUUGUACCCCACCACCCAUCCAGGGUUGGAUGAGGACAGGUUGUACCCCACCACCCAUCCAGGGUUGGAUGAGGACAGGUUGUACCCCACCACCCUUUGUGGCCAGGGUUGGAUGAGGACAGGUUGUACCCCACCACCCAUCCAGGGUUGGAUGAGGACAGGUUGUACCCCCACCACCCUUGUGGCCAGGGUUGGAUGA